AUGGCGGUAAGACCAGCGCUACUCUACGGAUCGGAAUGUUGGCCUGUCAACGUAGAUAACGUGCAGAAACUUCGCACGACGGAGAUGAAGAUACUUAGAUGGUCGGGAGGAGUCACGCGGCUAAACAGAGUCCGAAACGAGUACGUUCGUGGCAGCUUUAAGGUGGCUCCAAUACCCGAAAAGCUUACAGAAAACCGUCUAAGGUGGUUUGGGCACGUGAUGCGUAGGGAUGAUGAGUAUGUCGUCAAAAGAGCUCUCGACCUGCCGGAGAAAAAGAGAGGCAGAGGACGCCCUCCGUCAACAUGGUGGACCAGCAUGGCCAAGCUCCUUAAAACCAAUAAUUUACCUGACCCGACAACCCUCGACAGAAUGUCGUGGCGCACAGUAAUUAGGAGAGCCGACCCCACUUAA